AUGGAGUGGAAACUGCAGCGCACCGGCCCGCGGAGGGUCCGCACCGAAGAAGAGAUGCUGUGGGAGAAUGUCAAGCGGCCGCUCGCCGAAGACCUGAAGCAGAAGAGAAGUCAAGGUUCCUCCAAGGUGAGCGACUCCGUUAAUACUACAUAUUCUAACUUUAAGAGCAACUUUGUGAAGAGGCUGUCAGCUGAGGUUCCUGUUGCCAGUAGCCCAAUUACCACAAGAUGGCAGCAAAGCCAAACCAAGGAUAUGGCAGCCUAUUCCUUUGGGGAAGAGCAUUCAACCACUGACCUCGGAGAAUUUCCUGGAUCAAUGCUAAAGAUGACUCUUGAGAAAGAGACCUUGAUUCAAGAAUCCUACGAAGAGCCACUGAAGACCGCCUUCAAAAGAAGCUUUGAAACAAAUAACUCUGUUCUCUGAUUUUGCAAGACACCUCAUUCACUGGACAGAAGCUGGAAGAAAAACGUUGCCUCCAAAGGCCAGAAAUGUUUAAACCAGCUAUUUUCCGUCCAGAAGCGGGCUUACCUGGGUAAGGGAAAAAUGCAGCUCUGUGAGCGAUCACGUUGUGUUUGGAAAGGCUGCAGAGAUGGAGUCAGAGAUGAAGCCUUCCAUCUUAAAAGGUUCAGUGAUGUAAACUAUUCCAUACUCCAACCAGAGGUGAAGAUUCAUCCUACUGGUCUUCGAAAUGACAACUAUCUGAAUAUUUUAGACUGGAAUUUUCAAAAUCUUGUUGCUAUAGCCCUUGGAUCUUCUGUAUAUAUCUGGAAAAGGGAAAACAACAAUGAGAUUGAAAACAUAGACUUAAGUCUCACUUGUAACUAUAUAUCAUCUGUGUCUUGGAUAAAAGAAGGGACCUGCCUGGCAGUUGGCACCAGCGAGGGAGCAGUGCAAUUAUGGGAUGUGGUAACUAAAAAGCGGCUGAGAAAUAUGCUUGGCCAUUUAUCAGUUGUUGGGGCUCUGAGCUGGAAUCACUGUUUCCUCAGUAGUGGCUCGAGGCUGGGGCACGUGUAUCACCAUGAUGUUCUGGUAGCCCAGCAUCAUGUUGGAAUACUUUACCACAAGCAAGCUCUGUGUGCUCUGAAGUGGUCACUGGAUGGCAAGCUGCUUUCCAGUGGCUGUAGUGACGGACUGUUGACUAUAUGGCCCUACGAUCCAGGUGCGAAUGCACAGGGUCAACCACUAAAAGUUAUAUCCCAAUCUACAGCAGUCAAGGCCAUGGAUUGGUAUCCCUGGGAGUUGUCAGUCCUUGCUGUUGGAGGAGGAAUGAAGGAUGGACAUUUACUUAUCUUGGAUCUAAACACUGGGGAAAGCAUCCAGUCCCCAAGUACAAAUUCACAGAUUUGCUCCCUUAUCUGGCUACCUAAGACAAAGAAGAUUGUGACCGGCCAAGGCAUUCCCAAGAAUGACGUGACUGUGUGGACCUAUCCCACUCUGGCCAGGUCGGGUGAGCUCUUUGGUAAGUAA